AUGAUCGACGUGAAGUACAAGAAAGGAUGUCUGCAUGGAGAUGCCGAUGGUUUCUCACGGCCAGAAGUAGAAGGUCAAAUGGCUGAACCAUUACGCCAUAAUGCCGAAUAUCUUGCUCUCAAUGCCAUUACUCGAUCCAUGACACAAAAAACCACCAGCGUGAACCAAAAUGACAUGUCUUCCGCAUCUAGCACAACCGGAACAGGGUCCACUAAGCAACCACUAAUGACCUUCGACUUUGGAAUCGAGAGAAUACGAGAAGAACAGAAGAAGGACAUAAAUGCUCAACAAACUGUAAAAAAUAUUCGACACGAAUCAUCAUAUAUUAUUGAAAACACUGUGUUAUACAAACUGGCCUCUCGUCCUCGUGCAAGAACUAAUUUGAAAUUAAUCUAUAUUCCAUCAUCAAUGAGAACCGAAGUUUUGGCAAGUUAUCACGACUAUCCAACAGCAGCUCAUUUUGGCUCCAGACGAACAUGGACGAAACUCAAAGAUCGCUGUUAUUGGCCAAAGAUGCAUGGUGAAGUUGAAAGUUAUAUUCGAUUAUGCGAAAAAUGUGCCAAGUUUAACAUCAAAAGAACAAAAACACCUGGAAAAUUGAACCCAAUUCCGCUACCAGAAGGACCGAUGGAAUUAGUCGGCAUGGAUUUUUGGGGACCAACCAGACAAGAAUUCGUCAAUGGAAAUAAAUAUGUAUUAGUCGUAACCGAUUACUUGACAAAAUUUAUCGUAGCGAAGGCGUUACCUUACAACACAGCACAAACAACUGCCCAAACAUUUGUCGAAGAAUUCAUUUUUAACUUUGGUGUACCAAAUCGGCUCAUUACCGAUCAAGCGGUCCACUUUAAUAAUGAAUUAAUGAAAAAUGUGGCAGAAUUGAUAGGUUUCGACCACAUUAAAGCAACACCGUAG